AUGGUGAAUGCCAUCGAUGCCCUACGAAAGCAGAUCGCGUCAUGCGAAAGCACACUUGAAGAUCUUCGCCAACAGCUGGCUGAAGCUGAGCACACCCAACAACAACAGGAGAAGGUUCUACGGCAGAAGCCGGCGCUUUCGCAUGAUCCCCUUGACCAUGAUAUGAACUUUGGAGUACCCGAUGAUUUCAGGUCUGAAGUCUUUGCAGUGCUUGAGCAAGAGCAUGUAGCACGCGAGGCCGAAGGAACGUCGCACAUGACGAGAUGGCCACUCGACAAGCAUGAAUAUAAGAGAUAUGGACGGCAGCUGAUCAUGCCUGAAAUAGGCCUACAAGGUCAACUUUGUCUGAAGAAAGCUCGAGUUCUUGUCGUAGGGGUCGGUGGCUUAGGAUGCCCAGCUGCAGCAUACUUGGUCGGAGCCGGGGUAGGCACUCUAGGGCUAGUCGACGGCGAUACCGUAGAAGAGUCAAAUCUUCACCGACAAAUCUUACACUCCACCGCCAGAGUUGGCAUGAGCAAAGUUGAAAGCGCAAUGGUGGCUCUGAGUUCAUUAAACCCCAACGUCAAGCUUGUACCACAUGUAGCGAGACUCACACCAGAAACCGCCAUCUCCACCUUCGAGAAGUACGACCUAGUCUUGGAUUGUACUGAUACACCAGCGUCACGCUAUCUGAUCUCAGACACGUGUGUCCUGUUACGGAAACGCCUUAUCUCAGCAUCUGCGCUGCGAAUUGAUGGCCAACUCAUGGUUCUUAACAAUCCACCAUCGGCUCCUGGAGAUCCAAGUGGUGGUCCAUGCUAUCGAUGUGUAUUUCCAAAGCCACCACCUCCCGAAUCCGUUGUGUCGUGCGGCGAGGGCGGAAUAUUAGGACCUGUUGUGGGUGUAAUGGGCGUUCUACAGGCCCUCGAAGCCAUCAAAGUCCUCACCCAGCAGCCUUCACGCGGAGCUACAAUCGACCCACCCACCUUGCUCAUCUUUUCCGCUUACUCUCAGCCAAUGUUCCGGUCAAUCCGCUUGCGCUCACGGAAGCCCAAGUGCGCUGCAUGCUCCUCACAGUCCACGAUAUCGGCUGAAGCAUUGCAAUCUGGAAGUCUGGACUAUGUGCAGUUCUGUGGGAGUGUAAAUCCCGUCACUGCGCUUACACCGCAGGAGCGGAUAUCUCCCGAAAACUAUUCGAAACUCCGAUCAGGCGUCAAUCCUUUCACUGGCACUGUUUCAAGUAAGGACAACCACAUCUUGAUCGAUACUCGGGAGAGAGUGCAGUUCGAACUUGCAAACAUUGACGGCUCGGUGAACAUCCCCUUCGCUACCAUCGCCGCAACAGCAAGACCGACCUUGGACGCGUCGAGUCCAGGAAGCGGACAGGACCACCACAUGAGUGGUGAUGAACAUGAUUGGGUCGCGCAACUCAGGCAAACAGAAAAGCCAAUCUUUGUGGUAUGCAGGCAAGGCAACGACUCGCAGCUGUCAGUCCGCAAAAUGAAAGAGCUCGGCUUGGAUUAUGGUGGGAAGAGAUUCAUUGGCGAUAUUCGAGGCGGCCUGGAAGCUUGGCGGAAGAGCGUCGAUGCAGAAUUUCCGGACUACUAGUUACGAUGAAAUAGUAACAGUAUACCAGAGUG